AUCCAGGAGCGAUUCAUGGAGGCGCUGUAUGCCACUCUGGACCAGGGAAAGAUUGGAAUAUUCGAGAGCCCAACCGGCACGGGGAAGUCCCUCAGUCUGCUCUGUGGGUCUCUGACAUGGCUCCGGGACCAUGAGGAAAGAAGACGACAGGAGACAGCCAGACUGCUACAGGAGAGAGAGAGAGAGGGAUGCAGUGGAGGACAGGAAGAGGGGAGAGAGAAAGAGACAGGUGGAGUUUCUGAAGAGCCAGACUGGGUGUCUGUGUUUAUUCAGAAAAAAGCACAGAGAGAGCUGGUGGACAAACUUAAGGAUGAAGAGAUGAAACGGAAGAGGAGAGAGGAGAGGUUAGAGAUGAUCAGACACAACGCUCAUCUCAAAUAUGCCAUGAAGAGAAAGAGUGCUGAGGAAGGUGAAGCGGUGAAGUUAAUGGAGAUAAGCAGAGUUGAUCAGCAGGUGGGGUGUGGGGAGGAGCCUCAUGACCCAGAAGAGGAAGGGCUUAUUGUAGCAGAAUAUGAGAGUGACGAGGAGACCACGCCCAAGAGCAGGUUGUGUGAUGUAGAAGGUGAUGAUGAUGAUGCAUUGGAGGAAGAGCACAUCACUAAGAUCUAUUAUUGCAGUAGGACUCACUCCCAGCUGGCCCAGUUUGUCCAUGAGGUUCAGAAAAGCCCGUUUGGAUCAACAGUCAGUCUGGUGACUCUGGGAUCUAGACAGAAUCUGUGCAUUAAUCCCGAGGUAGUUCGACUGGGGAGUGUUCAUCUCAUUAAUGACCGCUGUAUGGAGUUGCAGAAAAACAAACAUGAUAAGCAUGAGAAAACUUUGGUGGAGGAGGGGCCAAAGCGUCGCCGUGGUGUUGCCAAGGCAACCUGUCCCUUCUCAGGCUAUGAAUCUCUGAUGAAGAUGAGAGAUGAGGUCCUAGUGAAGAUCAGAGACAUUGAACAGCUACUGGAACACGGACGACACACACACACCUGUCCUUACUACGCAACCCGUAUGGCUAUACCUGCUGCACAGCUGGUCGUGUUGCCAUACCAGACUCUGCUGCAUGCUGGGACACGGAAGGCGUGUGGCAUUAAAUUGAAGGAUCAGAUCGUCAUCAUCGAUGAAGCUCACAAUCUGACUGACACUAUUACAGCUAUACACAGUACAGAGAUCACAGGAGCACAGCUCUGCAGAGCCCACUCCCAGCUCUCCCAGUACUGUGAGCGCUACCGGAGUCGACUGAAGGCUAAGAAUCUGAUGUACAUCAAACAGAUCCUGUUUGUCUUGGAGGGGCUUACACGCACCCUAGGAGGGAAAGUGGGACAGAAUCCUAACAACCAGAAAACCCAGUCAGGAAGUGAACUGCUGACUAUCAACGACUUCCUGUUCAAGGCACAGGUUGAUAAUAUAAACCUCUUCAAGGUACAGAGAUAUUUUGAGAAGAGUUUCAUCAGCAGAAAGUUGUGUGGUUUUGUGGAGAAGUAUGAGAGUGGGGGUGUGCGUGUACACACACCGUUCGCCGAUAAGGAAAACCGUCGCACAGAGGGCCUGGGCCGCUUUCUACAAACUCUGCAGAGCCAACCUACAGGGCCGCAUGGGGCAGCAGACGAUAGGCCCAUUAUGGCUUCUCCCAUGAUGCAAGUGGAGAGUUUUCUGUUUGCUCUCACCAACGCCAAUGCAGAUGGAAGAGUAUUACUGCAGAGACAGAUGUGUUUGUCUGCGAGCAGUUUGAAGUUUCUGUUGCUGAAUCCUGCCGUUCAUUUCUCUCAGAUUGUUAAAGAGUGUAGAGCAGUGAUUAUAGCAGGGGGAACAAUGCAACCGGUUUCUGACUUUAAGGAGCAGCUCCUGUUAUCAGCUGGAGCAACUGAGGACCAGAUCACAGAGUUCUCCUGUGGUCACGUCAUCCCUUCAGAGAACAUAUUACCCAUAGUCCUCUGUGCUGGUCCAUCAGGACAAGAGUUGGAAUUCACUUUCCAGACCAGAGACACACCGACGAUGAUGGAGGAGACAGGGCGUGUUCUCUCUAAUCUCUGUAACGUGGUGCCAGGGGGUGUGGUCUGCUUCUUCCCCUCUUAUGACUAUGAGAACAGGAUUCUGGGAUACUGGGAGAACAGUGGAGUCCUCCAGCGCCUUGCAGCUAAAAAGAAGAUUUUCAAGGAGCCAAAGAAGGCCAGUCAAGUGGAGCAGGUGUUGUCUGAGUAUUCCAGGUGUGUCCAGGCUGGGUGUGGUGCUGGUGGAGUCCAGACGGGGGCGCUGCUGUUCUCUGUGGUUGGAGGCAAAAUGAGUGAAGGGAUUAAUUUUUCAGAUGACUUGGGCAGGUGUAUUGUAAUGGUCGGGAUGCCUUAUCCCAAUAUUAAGUCUCCAGAGCUGCAGGAGAAGAUCACAUACCUGGAUGCACACAUGGCCCACGCAGACGGACGCAGUCCUGGGAAGGCACUGGUGGACAAUCUUUGCAUGAAAGCUGUCAAUCAGUCCAUAGGCCGUGCCAUCCGUCACCGUGGCGACUACGCAUGCAUGGUGCUGUGUGAUCGGCGGUACUCUCGCCCUGCAACGCUCCAGAAGCUUCCAGAGUGGAUCAGAACCAGCACACAGACAUAUGCCAGCUUUGGACCUGCUUUUGCCUCUGUCAGGAAGUUUUUUCAGGAGAAGCGACAGAAACAGCAGAUCUGACAGGACUGGGACCAGCCGACAUCCCUCUGUCCUCAGACGCCGCAGAACCCUG